AGAAGAAGCUGAAUCGUAUCUUGCGUAGAAGGAUUUCCGGGAAUAGCUUUUGCGAUCUGGCUUCCGGUCAUCUCCACGUCCCGCGGCUUUGGUUUAUCCCUCUUGAUCUUGCUUACACGCCUCGAUUCUGCUGCCUCACGGCACUGUCAAUUCUGCUGCUGCUCCCAGGUUUCGGUGUAUGCUAAAGUAUUGUCUCUGAGCAUUCGAAUGAUUCCACAUGCCCCACGAUCGAACAAUUAGGGUUUCCAGCUGAGGAUUUGGGAAUUGAGAGUUUUAGUCUCAAUUAGGGCUGAACAUUGGUUGCAGUCAUGUUCUAUGGGAAAGCCUUAUGGGACCCUUGGCUUAUAGUUGCCCAGAUUGUCUGUCUUCAAUGCUCAUACUAUCUCACUCUCGGAAUCUUCAUGAUGGUUUUCCUCGGCGUUUGGGUUCCUCGGCUUAGUCUUGUCUACUUCUUCGACUAUGCAACACUCACUCUAUCAACCGUCUCGGGUUUGUGUGCCAUCGCCUCGUUCUUUCUCAGUUCGUUGGCCGGGGCUGUAUACAUGGUUUUUCUGGUGGAACGAGCACGGAAAUGCUUAGAUUUCUCCGCAACUCUCUACAUCAUACAUCUCUUGUUAUGCAUCAUGUAUGGAGGGUGGCCUUCUUCUAUAACAUGGUGGGCUGUGAACGGAACUGGACUCGGUGUCACGGCCUUGCUAGCCGAGUACUUGUGCUUUAAGCGCGAGCAACGAGAGAUUCCUAGGGAUAGAUAUCGAGAAAGUAAGGCGGUCGUUCUUUUAAAACUUCAUAUAAUGCUUUGCCAAUAUUCAUGAAUAUUGCCCUCUUCCAUAAACUUCUAGUGCCUGUAAUGCCAUAACUAUAAUCUUUCUUGGUCUGGCUAUGGGCAUUUUGGUGCAGUGGAAACUGUAAUGUUCUUUCCUAUUCUUAGACUAAGUUCUAGUGCAGUGGCCAUAGCUGCUUGUUCAGGCAUUACUUUAACACUUG